AUGGAAGAUUCAUUAAUUUUACAAGAAUUUAAGAGCUUAGAUGAUGAAAAGUAUGAAUUUAGUAUAUACUGCGAUUUAGUAUAAAGAUUGAAAUUUGAUCUUUAGUAAAAGAAGGUUGCCAUAGCAAGAUUUGGUGGGCCUAUAGCAAUUUGUAGAGAUAUUGUUUAGACUUAGUUUUUUGAAAAUAAUGACAUGUUUAAAGAAGAUAUCUGGUUUUAUUCAAAUGAAGGACUUAUCUUAAAUAAAAUUAAGUUCCCUUAUAAUUAGAGAAUAGUAGGAUUUGAUUUUAUAUACGAAGAACUUCUAGUAGUUGUUUUAGAAAAUGGAUUUUAUUAUCUUAUUAAUCCAUUUGAAUUCGAUUAAUAUGAAAGCAAAAGAAUUGAAGAAAAAAGAUUUAACAAACCAGAUGAAGAUUUAAUUGUAGAAGCCAAAAUUUUAAAGAAUGGAUUGGGAUUUUUCACUAAAAGUAAUAGAUUUUACAUUAUGAAUAAUCUAGUUGAGGGAAAAUUAAUUGAUUUUGGAAAUCCUGGUAUUAGCAGUGAAAUUUCAUGCUGGAAUUUAAUUCCUUAAGGUGAUUCUUUUGAUGAGAAUGAUGUUAAAUUCAAUUUAUAUGUUGCUAAUUCUGCUGGAAAUGGAGGUGGAGUUUUGUGCAUUUCGGAAAGUUUUAAAGACCCAAUUAAAUUAUAUAAUGGUUAAGAAAAGCAUCUUGGGCUUGAUUAAGACACUGUCAUUAACUUAAAAAAUAUAAAAGCAAUAGCUUCAGACUGUAAAGGUUUGCAUACAGCAUAUUUAACUUAGGAAUUUUCUUAAAAUAAAGAAACGUGGAUUGUUCAUUUAAUCUGCGAAGAUGAUUAUAAGCAAAUUGUUGUUAGCGAUUUAGGAAUAUACUAUUAAGAGGAAGUAGAAAAAGUUAAAAGUUAAAUCCAAUAUUAUAAUAAAUCAAAUAUUACUAAUCCUUAAACACCGCUUUCAGGUAAUUAAAUGAGCAACUCUUAAAGAUAAAAGCUUUACAAUACUCCAAGGGUGAACAUUAAUAUGUACUGGAUAGAAAAUAAGGCAGUUGUUAUAUAAAUAAGAAAUGCAUUAUUUUUAGUUGGCAGUGAAACUUCAACAAAAGUUGAAUUUAACAAUGAUUUUGAAUCUAAAAUUCCUUCUUUUGUAUGUGUUUAGGAAUUAGAUGGGGUAAAAAUUCUAGCAGAAAAUAGAAUUUACAUGCUUAGAAACACUCCUUAAGAAUACCUUAAUAUUUUUGAUACUACUGGGUCUUAUUCUCCAGCAUAUUAACUGUAUCAAAAAUCGUAGAUUAAUGUUGAAAACUAGAACUAUGAUUAAACUUAAGUAAAUUCAUAAGAUGAUAUAUUAAAUAACUAGGUAGAUUUAGAGAAGGCUGUAAAUGAUUGUAUUAUUGCAGGGUAAUACGAAUUCAAUAUAUAUAGAUAGUAAAAACUUUUGAAGGCAGCUUCUCAUGGAAGAAUUUUAUUAUAAGGGUUCUUGUUGGGUAAUAAAGUAAAUAAUGUUGAUAAUGAAGAUGAAGAUGGCGAGAAUUAAUUAACAAAAGUGUGCAAAUUACUGAGAGUGGCAUAUUAGUUAAAUUAGUAUCAAAAGUACAAAAGAUCGAUUACUUACAAGUAAAUGGAAUAUCUUUAUGAAACAAGUGAAGUAUUUUUGAAAAUUUUAUUGAGAUACAAUUACCACUAUAUUGCUAUUGAGAUAUCCAAAUUUCUUAGAUUAGAUAUAAAAAAAGAAAUUUACAUACAUUGGGCAUGUUGUAAAAUAGAAAAAAACGAAGAUGAUUCGAAGAUCAUAAACGAUAUAAAAAAUUAAUUUAAAGAUUAAACAGAUAUCCCAUUCAGCGAUAUUAUACACAAAGCUCUUUAAGUAGGAAAAUCUAAAAUAGUCCUUGAAUUACUCAAUUUUGAACCUAGUAUUCAGAAAAGAAUACCAGUCCUCCUUUGUAUGGCAAAGACUCAACCAAACUCAAAUGAAGAAUAUUUUUACAAGGCCCUUGUUGAAGCUUUACAAAGUAAAGACUCGAAUCUUAUAUACUUAGUCAUUAAAACUAUUUGGGAUAAGUUAGGCGAAAAGAGCUUCGAUUACUUUUCUAAGGAAGAAAUUUUAAGUGCUCAUUUCUAAAUAUUUUUAAAAACUUAGCUUGAUACAUAAAAAUUAUAACAACAAUACGUCUUACUCUAUAAGUUUUUGUUAAAGUAGAAAUAAUUUAUAAAGGCAGGGUUCUCUCUCCUUGAAUUUGCUAUUAAAUAAAAUGACAUCAAUAAAAAAUCAGAAUUAAUUAAACAAGUUAAAAUAGAAUUCUAAAAAGAUUUAAGUGAUAAAUUUUAUACAUUAGCUAUCGAUGAUUAAAUUAAAUUUGUGAAUUAUCUUAAUAGUUUGGAUGAAAAAAAUAUCAAAAUAAGUAUCUACCAACAACUAAAGCAACUCCUAGCUAAAAACUAGGACAUAGCUAGAGAAAAACUUCAAAGUGAAAUAAAAAUGCAUCCGAAAGCUGUUAGUGUAAACUAAUUAAAACUUCUCAUCAAUGAGCCUGUACCUAAAGAAUAGGAAAUAGAAAGAAAAGUAGAUGAAAUAAAUAGAAAAACUGAAGUUAUUCCCUAUUCAAUUAUAAUUGACCAACUCCUAAAAAAUAAUUUAGAGCAAGUUGCUUUUAGGAUAGCAUUAAAAAUAAGAGACUAAGAAUCAAGAGAACAUCAAUAUGAAAGAAUUAUUAGAUAAGCCUAUUAAAAAGAGAAAGAUGAUUUACUUGAUAGUAUGAGUUACUAAAUUACAAGUCCUCAUAUUGUUGAUUUGAUUAAUGAGCUUAGAGAAAAGCUUAAGAGCUUAAAAUAGAUAUCAUCAUAAAAUUAAUUUACUAAUUAAUCUUAAUCAAUUUAUAACAUGCGUUGA